AUGGCCACUCUCAACCUAUCAACAAAUGGGCAUUCGAUAACUAAAAGCUACCAGUCCGUUGUGACCGCCCCUGCACCCUCAGGCCCCGCCGCAGAAUCUGGCACCUACGGACAGUGGGCAGUGUUCACUGUCUCCGCUCCCCUUGCGAGCGCAUUUCAGGACACUUCAACCAAGGAGAGUGUUCUAAAAGUUCACACCACAGGAGAGGGAGAGUUGAUAGAUCUUAUCGAGGAGUUCUCCGAAGGAAGGAUCCAAUUCGCUUUUGUGAAAGUGAAAGACCCAAAUACGGCUCUACCAAAGAAUGUCCUUAUCGCAUGGUGUGGGGAAGGUGUUCCAGAGCGAACAAAGGGCUAUUUCACAAGCCAUCUCGCUGCCGUUUCAAAAGUUUUGCAUGGUUAUCAUGUUCAGAUAACUGCCCGAUCAGACCGGGACCUUACCCCCGAAAGCAUUAUUCAAAAGGUCGCUGAUUCCUCAGGAGCGAAGUAUUCAGCCGCCACAACAGCUCCUCCUGUUGUUGCCGCCUCCAAACCACCAGUUGCUUCAAAGCCGGCAUUCACACCCACUCGCACUGGCGGUUCUUUUAGACCCCUAACAAGUUCGCGUCGAACUGCAGGUGUGCAGAAAGAGGCUGUAGAUGAAGACGGAUGGGGCGCAGAUGCGCCUCCCGUGACCAGGUCUCAGUUAGAAAAAGUACAAUCAGCUUAUCAGCCAACCAAAGUCAACAUGAAAGAGCUCAUGUCGCAGCAAUCAUCAACGUCAUUUUCGAGCUCCGGGCCGCCUAAAAAUGAUGUACCUAGCAAUGUUGUCAGGGGAGGGUACCAACCAGUCGGAAAGGUAAACAUUGCCGAAAUCAGAAAACAGGCACGAGAGUCCGGCCAGAUCAGGGAUGACCGUCCUGAGCCAGUAAAGGGCGCUUAUCAGCCUGUUGGAAAGGUUGAUAUUGCUGCCAUUAGGGCCAAAUCUCAAGGCGGAGAGCCUACGAUGUCACCACCAAGCAGGGUCUCUCCUGCGGCUACUGGAGGUUCUGCUCCUGGUGAUGAACCAAAGUCACUUGCUGAACGUUCAGCUGCUUUUACGCCCUCGGAAAGGCUCACAGCCCUCCCUAAACCCAAAGUCGGAAAGGGAUUCGGUAGAGGCGGGGCAUUCGCCGGCACGAAGGCGCCUCUUCCUGGCGGAUUUGACACAAACACCGUGGCUACUGUUCCAGUGGUAGGAAGUGCCAGUCGAACUUUUGCUGACGUGGGUGGUAAGACUCCCGCUCAAUUGUGGGCCGAAAAGAAAGCGAAGCAAGGCGGGGCCGCUCCUAGCCCACCAAUAAUCACCAGUCCGGCUCCUCUCCAGAGCCAAACUAGCGGAGAAGGCGGCUGGAAAAGCUCUUAUAGCGGCAAAACUUGGGCUCCGGUUCAGGUUACCCAUACCGGACGGUCGUCCGGGACGGGGGUUUCAGAACAAAAGACCGGCGAGUUGGAAAGGGAAAGGGAAUCUGCGGAAUCUGGCAAUUUUGGCUCGAUCCGGGAUCGAUUUGCAAAUACACAACCCAUGGGUGCUCCAGUCCCUGUUUCAACCUACGAGAGAGCAGCCCCAUCUCCACCGCUGACCACCGAUACCAAACCAAGCCCACCGCGUGCAGUCCCGAUCCCUGGCCUUCCAAGCGAUACUCACGAGAGCCACGAAGACGUUCACCAGGAAGUGCCUCCCCCUCCUCCACAACGACGUUCCCCGUCCCCGGAGCCACCCGCCGAUAUUCCGCCCAGUUCACCAAUUCGUGUAGCCAUGCCAGUCGGCCGAGGUUCACCAGAGGAACAUGUCACCGAUGCUCACACGGAACAGUUCUCGCCCCCUACCCCGUUGCCAACCAGAUCUAUUGUAGAACACGCUCCAAAGGAGGAAGAAAUUGAAGCUCAACCACCGCACGAUCCAGCUAGAGCUGUUGCGGAAGCCACCACAGCUGGCCAUGGACUCCCUAAAACGGGUGAUGGCAUUCGUGCACUCGUACAAUAUGACUAUGAGAAGGCAGAAGACAACGAGAUCGAGCUCCGCGAAGGAGAAUACGUCACUAAUAUUGACAUGAUCGACGAGGAUUGGUGGGUGGGUGUCAAUGCUAGAGGGGAACAAGGCCUGUUUCCAAGAAACUAUGUCGAAGUGGUCGAGGAUAGUGCCGCAGGGCAUGAGCAAGCCGCAAGCAGCGCCGUGGGAAAUGCCCCCCUACCUGAGCCGACCCAACAAGCUCCACACGAGCCCUCCAGGAGCCAGCGCCCUACGGCAACAGCAUUAUACGAUUAUGAAGCGGGAGAAGAUAACGAGAUCGGGUUCCCAGAGGGUGCUAAAAUUAUCAAUAUUGAAUUUCCCGAUGAGGACUGGUGGCAUGGCGAAUAUCACGGCAAAAGUGGCCUCUUCCCCGCUAACUACGUCGAACUCGAUGAGUAA